AUGAGCGCUGCCGAAAGAGAGGUCGAACGGGCGGAUCACAGUGAGGAUAGGCCCGAUGGUGACUCCGAGAAGCGUGAGAUGGAAGUCAAAGCUAGCGGCGAGCAGAAACCUGCGCGGAAGCGGGGUGGACAGAUGACCGUGGACGAUUUUGCGAGUGGUGUGCGGAGCUUGCGGCGGUCCACUCGUAUCAGGGAAUCCGCGGAUAAAGUUGUCUACGAUGAAAUCGUCGAGGACGCUGCCGCUCCCGAGGCAGAAGAGGAAAGACUGCCGAAGAGAAUCAAGUUCACGAGCAAAUAUAGCUCUGCCGCUACUUCCGCGGGCGAUGUUCAGCCGACUGAGAUACAGGCGGCAGAUGCACAGCCGCGGGCGAAGGGUAACUUGGCCAGUGUGCUUAUGUCUAAGAUCAACGACAAAGAACUGUACACGCGCAAUUGGUCCUCUGCGGUGCCCCUGGAGAUGAAACUGCGAAGUGCAGACGAGAAUAAACUGUUUGCCGCAUGGUCUGACUGUUACAGGGACAUACUGACGCCCGCCCAGUACGCUGGGGAUAUCGUCAAAGUUAUGUCCUUCAUGAAUAAGUUUUCCGCUUACUUCCACGAGGAUCUCCUGACUUUAUCGUUCCAGGACUUCGAAAUCGGGUUGGAACUGGUCAUGGCCACGGCAGACGUCAAGAAGACGAAACAGGCCCAAGAUAGAAUGAAUUACCUGUUCUACUGCCUCAUGAAGAUCCUCUUCGACAAAAACGUGCACUCAAGCUUCAGCCACUACAUGAGCAUCAAAGUAAGGUUCAAAACUAACGUCACAAAAUUGAGGAAGAGCAUCUUUGAAUGGGGGGUCCCCAAGGAAUGGCGCUACUUGGAAUACAUCCCCGUUUUCACACCCACUCUGGAUAAAAUCGGACUACUGGCCCUAGAGCCAGCAGAUAGACUGAUGAUGAUAUCGAGUCUUGCUACGUACAUCAUGACACAGACGCAACCGAUCCAUGAUGAAAUAUACAGGGUCACACAUACCAAGAAGGACAUAGGACUGUCGAACGACAGUCAUUAUGUCACACGGUACCUGCUAAACGGGGUUGACGAGAGUGUCAACUCAUUCAAAAACCUGUGUGAACAAAUCCAAUUCCACAUGGAGAGGAAGCAGAGGAAUGCAGUGAAGAGGAAGCGGUCUUUGAAACCAGAGUUCCACGCCCAGCUAGCCGUUUUGAAGACAGUGAAGGAUGUUUUGAGACAGGUGCCCGACGACAAAGACGACGACGGCAAGGAGAAAACCGCGGUGAUCAUGUCACUGUACGACAAAUGGGUUUUACUGUUUGAGGGAUUUGUCCAGGACAAUCCGUUAAACAACCCUUACACGGAUGAAGUGUACUUCGCUCGGUUACAGGACUUUUUUGUUGGUAGAAUACAGGGGGUCGGUGAGUUCUACCUGCCACGUCUCCACUCUCCAACACACGAGGCCAACCUUCUAAACGCAUUUGUCGACUUGAGGCAUCUGCUCAAACUGUUUGAAGACUACAAGGGGAACAAAAUAGACAUGCAAACCCUGUACUCCAAGUUUUACGGCCACGUGAGCGACCAGUUUGUGCUGCUCUUCCACGAUAGUCCGAGUGAACUGUCUAACUAUUUUGAGGAGGCUUCAGAGAGGAUGCCAUACUGGUUCAGAGUCUCGGAUAGUUCAGAAACUUUGCUGGAAUUCAUCGAAAGACUCGACAGUUUGAUCCAAAGCAUAGAUGCGGACGAAGGUGCGAAUGAUGAUACAAAAAAGCUUACCAAAAUUCUGAAGAAGCCCAAGAAUGAAACGGCAAGGCAGAAUAUAGUGUCGUUGAAGAACUACCUCUCGAAUGUUUGUAAUAUAUUUCGUGAGUUGGAGGAAAUAAUCAAACUGUACGACGGCAUCAAGCCAACAAGGACGCGCAGUAAACUAAAAUCAUUUGCAUAUACCGAAGAUGAAGAUGGAGAGGAAGAUAUAUUCGAGGACCAGAUAGACGAGGAGCCCAUAGAGGAAUACCCGGAGGAGAAGGAAGAUAUUGACUUUGAUGUUGGAGCAGUCGAAUCUGAGGGAGAAGCGGAGGAAGAAUACUUAAAGGAGGAGAUUAAAAAGAGAGAAAAGAAGUAUUUGGAUAUCCCUGCUGAUCUGGCCUCCAAUGGUAACCACAAUGGCCACCGUUUGACAAGGAAUGGCAAAAGAAGCUCCUCUAGAAGAUGA